GCUCACUCCUUCCAGUCUGAAAACGACCCACUCAUCCAGACACACACUACCGGCAGUUUAUCGAUCUCCAACGAAAAAGCCUAAUCACCUACUCCUGAGGUACAAUACCAUUGCUGACUCUUGAGUUUACCACCGUCAAAUGCCGGGAGGGACAUAAUAAUCAGAAAGUCUCUAGUCGCAGCCGCGUAAAUAAAAUGUGAUCUCAGUACAAUGUACACUAGAGAGGCCACUCAGUCUAUCUGGUCCCUGCCCAGUUUUCUGUUCCAUAUCAGUAUUUUAAAACUUAUCUCUGAGUCUCCCUGUUGCAACUUGUCACCACUGUGGGAGAAGAGAUUUCCCUUGAAUUUCUUAGAAUCAGAGAAAUCUGCAGCAAAUUACAGGCCCUUCGGCCCACAAUGCUGUUCUGACCAUGUAACCUACUCUAGAAAAUGCCUAGAAUGACCCUACCACAGAACCUCUAUUUUCCUAAGCAUGUACCUCUCUAAGAUUCUCUUAAAAGACUCUAUUGUACCCGUCUCUACCACCAUCGCUGGCAGUGCAGUCCACUGACUUUUCACACGUUCAAAACCUCUCAUCAUCUGAUACACCUGCAUGAAUUUCCUGCAUGAUUUCCCCCAGGCUAAUUAACACGAUGAGCUCGCUGAGUAUUUCCCCAGGGCUCUGGACUAAGAUGGUUAAACUCCUUUUUCCCUGCUCUUUUCAAAUUUUGUGUCAUUUCCACUAAUUUCAGAGGACUGUGCCUCAGACAACCGGGUUGUUGCAAUGCGCCUCUAAAGCCUGACAGCAGAAUGGCGAGUGAAUCUUCGAUGGAGCAGAGUCAGAAACCAAAGAGUUUCCAGCUCCAAUCAGGGCUCUGGGGCUCCGGAAAGAGAUGGGGUCUGGAGGUUACGAGCAGGAGGAGGGAGAGGAACCAGACCAGCAGGAUGUGGCUAUGAAUGAAAGAUGAGAAACAUUUGGAAACUGGUCAAUUGAAAAACAAAAUGGUUAAUUUCUACAAAACAUUGCAGAUUAAUAUCGCCAAGGAAUUUGUCUAUGGGAAUUGAAACACAACACACCAGUUGUGCUGUCUCUGACUAGAUAUUUAAGGAGCAAGGGAUUCAAUCAGCCAUCCUUCCUGUUCAGACUGUGCGGAGGGAUUCACUCGGUCAUCUGACCAACUGGCACGUCCGUCAUUUUACACAGGGGAGAGGCCGUUCAUCUGCUCAGACUGUGGGAAGGGAUUCAGUCGGUCAUCCCACCUGUGGGCACACCAGUCAGUUCACACUGGGCAGAGGCUGGUCAUCUGCUGAAUUUGUGGGGAAGGAUUCACUCGGUUAUCUGAUCUAAUGGCUCACCAGCGAGUUCUCACUGAGGAGCGACCGUUCACCUGCUCGGACUGUGGGAAGGGAUUCACUCGGUCAUUUCACCUACUGAGACACCAGUCAGUUCACAAUCAGGAGAGGCAAUUCACCUGCUCAGACUGUGGGAAGAGAUUCACUCAGUCAUCUCACCUCCUGGCACACCAACGUGUUCACACAGGAGAGAGGCCAUUCACCUGCUCAGACUGUGAGAAGGGAUUCACUCGAUCAUCUCACCUACUGGUUCACCAACGUGUUCACACUAGAGAGAGGCCAUUCACCUGCCCAGACUGUGGGAAGGGAUUCAGUCAGUUAUCUGUACUGAAGGUACAUCAGCGAGUUCACACUGGAGAGAGGCCAUUCAACUGCUCAGACUGUGGGAAGGGAUUUACUCAAUCAUUUCACCUACUGAGACACCAGUCAGUUCACACUGGGAAGAAGCCAUUCACCUGCUCGGAUUGUGGGAAGAGAUUUACUCAGUUAUACAACCUACAGAGUCACCAGCGAGUUCACACUGGGGAGAAGCCAUUCACCUGCUCAGACUGUGGGAAAAGAUUCACUUCGUCAUCUCAACUGAAGGUACAUCAGCGAGUUCAUACUGGGGAGAGGCCGUUCACCUGCUCAGACUGUGGGAAGGGAUUCACUCGGUCAUUUGAACUGAAGGUACAUUGGCGAGUUCACACUGGGGUGUGGCUGUUCACCUGCUCAGACUGUGAGAAGGGAUUCACUCAGUCAUCCAACCUACAGAGUCACCAACACGUUCACACUGGGGAGAGGCCAUUCACCUGCUCAGACUGUGGCAAGGGAUUCAGUAGUUCAUCCACCCUACAGAGACAUCUGCGAGUUCACACUGGGGAGAAGCCAUUCACCUGCUCGAAGUGUGGGAAGGGAUUCACACAAUUAUCUGAUCUACAAAAUCACCAGCGAGUUCACACUGGGGAGAGGCCGUUCACCUGCUCAGAAUGUGGCAAAGGAUUCACUCAGUCAUCUAAUCUACUGAGACACCAGCGAGUUCACAAUGGGUAG